UAUUUUUUAAUUAUAUAUAAUAUCUUAUAUAAUUUUCGGAAAAUAUUUAUUUUAUAUGAAACCUUCGUUUGCAGGCAAUUAGGUUAAGUUCUUCUUCUCUGGAAAAAUCGAAUGUGGGACAAAUGGUAAAUCUUCUAGCAAACGACGUCGGCAAAUUCCAGAACAAAGUUUUCUCCGUUGCAUCUUUAUUUACAGCGCCUUUCUUCAUCAUUUUUUCGAUACUGAUGUUAUGGCAAUAUUAUGGAUGGACUAUUUUAAUGGGAUAUUUGGUAGUAUUUCUCUUCGUUCCUAUACAAAUUGCUUUGAGUAAACUGUAUUCAAAAUUGAGAUUACAAGCAGCUAUUUUGGCAGACCAAAGAUUGAAUUUGUUGAACGAAAUGAUUGCUGAUAUGAAAUUAAUUAAAAUGUACACCUGGGAAUUGCCAUAUGCUGCAUUAAUAGAAAAAAUCAGGCUUUCUAAAAUAAUUCAAAUGUUUUUAUAUGUAAAUGGAAUAAAAUCCAUAUUGGCGUAUCCUAUAUCAAAAUUAUUUACUCUUCUGUCAUUUGUCGCAAUUUUAUUAAAUGGAGGAGAAUUAAAUGCCAAAAUUGUGUUUGUCACAAUGGUUUAUUCCCUGUACAUUUUCAACAGCAUUAUUAGUCUAUUUUCUCAGGCAAUAAGUUUUGUUGCAGAAAUAUUGGUUUCAUUGAAGAGGAUACAGGGUUUCCUACUCCUUCAUGAAAAAGAGAAUAAUGCUGUCAAAACUAUAGAAGAAGAAGAAAAUUUAAAGGAAAUACGCAUGGAUACUGUCACAGCUACAUGGAAAAAAGGAACCGAACCGACGUUGAAUGGGAUAUCUUUAAAUAUGCAACCUGGAGAAUUAUUACUUGUUGUCGGUCACGUUGGAUCAGGAAAGACGUCUUUAUUAAUGUCCUUGUUGAAAGAGAUUCCAAUUACUUCUGGUGAAGUGUCUGUGAAAGGAAAGAUCUCGUAUGCUUCUCAAGAAGCUUGGGUAUUUAACGCAACUGUCAGAGAAAACAUCUUGUUCGGAGAAGAAUAUCACGAAGAUAAAUAUAGAAAAGUCUUGCAUAUUACUGCGUUAGAAAAGGAUAUUAGAUUAUUUCCGAAAGGAGAUCAGACAAUCGUAGGAGAACGAGGUGUCAUGGUGAGCGGUGGGCAGAAAGCAAGAAUUAAUUUAGCAAGAGCACUAUAUGUGAAUGCCGAUAUUUUCCUCCUGGAUGAUCCACUGAGUGCCGUUGAUGUUCCAGUAGCAAAACAUAUAUUCGAAAAAUGUAUAAUGGAAUAUCUGAAAGACAAAAUUUGCAUUCUCGUUACGCAUCAAAUACAAUUUCUAAAUUCUGCGAGUAAAAUUUUAGUGUUAAAAAAGGGAAAAUGUGAAUUCAUUGGAAAUUUCAAUGUAUUGGAAAAUUUAGAAAUGCUUACAGGAAUUUUGCCAAAGGAAGAAGUCGCUACAAAUAGCAUGGAUUUAGAGACUACGGUUUUCAAUGAUGAUGAAAUAUUCGGAAUCGCUCAAUCUGAAGUAAAUGAUUACAUUGAAGACAAUCACGACAGCGAUGUGGAAGCUGAAAAUAACAAAAUACCACGCGACAAUGCAGGAGUUAAGAAACCAGAAAUUUCAGUCGUUAAAGCAUACGUCAAUGCCGGAGCAGGACUUUUCUUCAAGAUCGUUAUUUUAUCCACGCUAAUUAUAUCGCAAUCCGUUACAAGUGCCAGCGACUACUGGCUAAUCAAAUGGCUGCAAGAUAUUAACAUCUAUAGCCAAAACGAAGAAAAUCUCGAAAAUAUGACAUCUAAUAGAAGUUUUUUUAACGAAAUGAAGAACAAUAGUUUUUACUAUACUAAAUAUUUCGACAUGUAUGUUUAUAUAGGAUUGAUAUGUGCUGUAUUUCUAACGUCGUUAUCUUCCGGAUUAUUGUUAUACAAAUUUUUUACAAUUGCUUCUUUCAAGCUUCACAACAAUAUGUUUCGUUGUAUCAUUCGAACUCCGAUAGCGUUUUUGGAUAACAAUCCCGUUGGAAAAAUCUUAGAUCGAUUUUCCAAAGAUGUUAAUACUAUGGAUGAUUUGAUACCUUACUUUACUUAUAUUUUGAUAAGGGGAUACUUAAUUCUUGUUGGCAUGUGUGUUAUUCAAGCAAUCGUCUGUCCUUAUUUACUUGUAUUAAUUGCUGUCCUUUCAAUAAUAUUUUACGCUUUGUGGACAAUUUUCAGCCGAGUGUUGAAAAGCAUAAAACAUCUGGAAGGAAAAUUGAGAAGUCCAGUAUUUUCUCAUCUGAGUGUAUCUCUUUACGGACUAACAACAAUUAGAGCAUUUAAUGCUGACAGCAAAUUUAAGUCUAUGUUUAAUAAGUAUCAGGAUAAGCACACUUCGACGUGGUUUCUUUACUUGGCAUUAAAUCGAUGGCUUUCCAUAUACGGUCAGAUAAUUUGUUUCAUAAAUCUAAUAAUCACCGUUAUUGUUUUAGGUGUUUCAAAUAAUUCAGAGAGUGCAGGAAGCCAAAUUGGACUUGUAUUGAAUUAUGGAAUACUAAUAGUAAUAUAUUAUCAACAUAUUAUUCAAUUUACAUCCGAAGCGGAAUUUCAGAUGAACUCUGUAAAACGCAUUCUGAAAUACAGCAAUUUGAAAUCGGAAGCAUCCUACGAAAGUUUGCCUAAUAAACGGCCUCCCUCUGAUUGGCCAGAAAGAGGAGAAAUUCAUUUCGAUAAUGUUUCUUUGCAAUACUCCAAGGAUAAAAAUAUUGUGUUAAAGAACUUAACAUUUCAUAUUCGCUCUGGAGAAAAGAUAGGAAUCGUUGGGAGAACAGGAGCGGGAAAGAGUUCUAUAAUUGCUGCGUUAUUUCGCAUGACAGAGCCGACAGGAACGAUAACCAUCGAUGGUGUUGACAUUAAAGACAUUGGACUUCGAGAUCUUCGUAGUAAAAUAUCCAUUAUUCCUCAAGAUCCUAUGUUAUUUACCGGGCCACUUCGAAGAAACAUGGAUCCUUUCAAUGAAUAUUCUGAAGAAAUGCUGUGGAAAGCCAUAGAGGAGGUACAACUGAAAGAAGUUAUUAGUAAAUUACCUGGAGGAUUGGAUUCGCAUUUAACAGAAGGAGGGCGAAAUUUCAGCGUGGGGGAAAGACAGUUAAUUUGUCUUGCCAGAACCAUUCUUCGCCAGAAUAAAAUUCUUGUCAUGGACGAAGCAACGUCCAAUAUUGAUAAAAGAACCGAUUCCUGUCUGCAGAAAAUAAUUCGAGAAAAAUUCGAAUCUUGUACGGUGUUGACAAUAGCCCACAGAUUACAUACAAUUAUCGAUUCGGAUAGAGUUCUGGUAUUAGAUACAGGGAGAAUACAAGACUUUGACUCGCCGUAUGCAUUACUGAAGAACGUAAAUGGUAUAUUUUAUAAUUUGGUAAAGAAGACGGGAGUAACUUCAAUGAAUGAGUUAUACGAAAUUGCCAAAGUUAAAUAUUACGAUAAAGAGAAGGUAGAGCAAACAAAACUAUAAAACAGUGAAUUUUAUUCUAUGUAUAGACUACGAGGAUCUGGUAUUAUGAAUUUUUCGUUCAAAUUAGUUCUUAGAGUUUCACACAUCACAUAACAUAAAAUUGUAAAAAUCUAAACAUUUGUUAGUAUAUGCAAAUUUUACGGUUUAAUUUAUACAUGCUGAUGUUUUAUUGAGAUGCCAUCAGCAGUUUUUUAAAAUAAUAUAGUGAGAAAUGUUUACAAUGGUUUAAUUUCAGAAAAGAAGUAAAUUUUAAUAUAUAA